AUGGCUAUUAAGGACAAGACCGUUGUUAUAAUUGGUGCUGGUAUUUCAGGGUUGAAAGCAGCUUCAAAGCUUUAUGAAGAAGGCGUUAAGAACUGUGUUGUGUUGGAGGCAAGAGACAGAAUUGGUGGACGUUUGCAUACGAUACAAGGUUAUCAAGGCCGUAAAUACGAUUUAGGUGGGAGUUGGCACCAUGACACUUUAAUAAACAGGUUAUUUGCCGAAGAGGCCAAAUUGGCUUUACAAGAGGGUAAACCCAGGUUUGUAUUUGACGAUGAUAGCCCGAUAUAUAUCGAUGGUGAAAGAGGUCAUUUGGAAAGUGAUGGAUACUUGAGAUUAGAGGUCAUUUUGGAUGAAUUUAUCAAAUUUGUCUACUUGAUAUUUAAUCAAAAUUUAGGAGUCCCUGAUUGUUCUUAUAAGGAAAUGGUUCAUAGAUACAUCUAUGAGAAACGUGAAUUUCUAACGGACGGUCAAAUUAGAUAUCUACCGCAACUGGCAAGGUUCAUGGAAUUGUGGCAUGGUGUUGAUUGGGAAAUGCUUAGUGGGAGAGAUUCGGUCUACGAUAGCCAGGGUAGAAACGCCUUUGUUUUGCACUACGAAAGCGUGAUAAACCGUAUCGCCCAAAGUUUCCCACAAGACUGGUUACAAGUUUCUACCCCCGUCAAAUCCAUUAAAAGAUCUAAAGGUGUUAUCGUGACUACUGACGAAGAUGAAUACCACUGUGAUUACACAAUCGUUACCAUUCCCCAAAGCGUUUUAGAGUUAUCAUUGCAUGAUGAGGAUCAGCCAGGUAAGAUAUCAUUUCAACCACCAUUAAACCCUAGAAUCCAGGAAGGAUUUACUAAAUCGCAUUUUGGGUCAUUGGGUAAAGUUGUCUUCGAAUUUGAAAAAUGUACCUGGUCUGAUGCUACUACUAGAGUUGUUGUAUUAAGUCAUUCAUCUGAUCACAUUGCGCAACAAGUUCGUAGCGCUGACGAUUGGGCAACAUUUUGGAAAGCUGCCGACCAUCACGAAGAAAGUAUUAAACCAUGGGACCAUCCUUUGUUCUUUUUGAAUUUGCCAAGAUCAACUGGUGUGCCUAGUUUAGUCGUGUUGAUGCAAGCGCCUUUGACCCAAUACAUUGAAUCGUUACCUAACAAACAGCUUGUAUUUGAGUUUUUCGAGCCAAUACUAAAUAAGUUCAUGGCUGCAAUGGGAUGUUCUCAGCCUGUAAUCAAUGCUAUAGAUAAAACAGACGUAAAAUCACCAAAUGCAGACUCGCCAGUGCUUCAAGGGAUUAUCGUUACCAACUGGAGCUCGGACCCAUACUCGAGAGGUGCCUACACCGUAUGCUUCCCCGGUGAUGAUGCGAUCGACAUGGUUACUGCCAUGAUGGGUGGUCAAGAUUCUCGUAUCAGAUUUGCGGGUGAGCAUACUAUUCUAGAUGGCGCGGGAUGUGCAUACGGUGCUUGGGAGAGCGGUAUACGUGAGGCCGAAUAUAUCAGGGAGAGGCUUUGA